GUUCUGCAUGGACGUGUAGGUGGGCCCCACACCUUCUCUCUACGCCCUUUUCUCUCUUCUCAUUUCCAUUCAAAACAGAUCCUAUUUUUCUCAAAUCCCAUUUCAUCAAAAUCACAUUCAUCCAAACGAACCAGAAAAAAGAGAGAACAAAUACAAAUCAUACUAACAUAAACCAAGAACUGCAAAACCAGAAACCGAAAUGUCGCCCAACGGAGCGUCGGGCGGCGGCGGCAACAGCAAAGACUCACUGCCGACGGGCAGCUCCAGGCCUUUAAAGAAAGGACCGUGGACCGCCGCCGAGGACGCCAUUCUCACCGAAUACGUGAAGAACCAUGGCGAAGGGAAUUGGAACGCUGUCCAGAAGAAUGCAGGCCUGUCUCGUUGCGGAAAAAGCUGCCGGCUCCGAUGGGCUAACCACCUCCGGCCAAACCUUAAGAAGGGCUCAUUCUCGCCUGAGGAAGAGCAGCUCAUCCUUGAAUUGCAUUCCAAGCUCGGCAACAAAUGGGCCCGUAUGGCCGCUCAGUUGCCAGGAAGAACAGAUAACGAGAUAAAGAAUUACUGGAACACGCGGAUCAAACGGCGCCAACGUGCAGGAUUGCCUCUUUACCCGCCUGAAAUGCAAAGGAAAUCAAAUUUCCAUCAACACCGGAUGUCUCUGUCGCCUCCAUCGUCGCUUUCAUCGUUGCACCAGAAGACCCAUUUCUCAUCUCAGCUGUCGCCAAUGCCAUUCGAUACUACCAUGAACUUCUCUGCUAGGCCACCUCUGCUGACUGAUCACAACCAAUAUCUCCUCCCAACCCCAAUUCACAGAUUCAAGCGAUUCCGCGAAAACGGCAUCGCCGAUCCCUCAGCCUCCUCUUUGUCUCUUCCAUUCUCUUCUCAUUUUCUGCCAACUCCGCCUUUGUUCGAUCAAAAUCUCCACACCCAACAGCAAAAUCAGCAGAACCAGCAUCCUCAGACACUUCAAUUCAAUUCUAGCAGCUUUGGUUUUAAUCCACAGCCUAUUCAAUCCACAUUCGAUCCCGACGGGCUUUUUACCACUCGCUCAAUCUCCAUGAAAUUGCAGCUCCCUUCAUCCCAAAUUCCUGAUGCAGCUUCUGCAUCAUUGGACCGGAGCAAUAGUGGUUUAUUGGAUUCUUUGUUGCAGGAGGCCCAGGUGAUGACAGACGGUAAUGAUUGGCAGAGAGAAGGGCUGUUGCCAGAGCCCGAAACGGAAAAAUGCAAUUUAGAUGGUUGGGUUGGAGAUACAAAUCCUUCAGGGCCGGAUUUUGGUGAGUCCACGCCGGUGGGAUCAGCUAGCCAGUGGGACGAUAUGGGUCACGCUCAUUCAUCGAUUGGGACGAAGAUGGAGAAUGAUCGGGCGGACGAGAUCAAUUCAAUGGAGGAUGAUUUAUCAUCAUUGCUCGAUAUCAUUCCGGCAGCGAUGCCGACGGUCCCAGAAUGGUACGGCGACGGUGGGGAUAUGUCCAAUGAGCAAUCAGAUGUGAGAAACGACGAUUUCACUGUCGAAAUGCCGCAAUUUUCAUCGUCUCUCUCAGCCGUUGAGCAGGAUUGGAGCCUCGGAUCGUGUCCGUGGAACAACAUGCCACGGAUUUGUUGAAAUGUACCAAGAUUUUAUCUGAUGCAUUGUAUGAUGGUGGGGUGGGGAUGCAAAUGUCUUAAGGUCUUUUGUUUGGGGACAUUUGGGUGAAAUGGGUCAUUUAUGCACUUUUAAAGCGUACGUGGAAAGAUUUGCUAUUAAAGAUGGCCGUUGGACAUGGCACGUGCAAGUCACGUGGAUUAUAUUUAUAGGGAAUU